AAAAAAAUGAAAAAGAAUAAAGAAUAUCUAUUUCCUCCAUGAAAAGUACGGGUUUUCAGCUUCGACAAAUAACCAAUUGGGCUCACUUGCACUCAACUCAGCCCAACUAACCCAAAUCUCACUCAGACCAGAAAGUUUACUUGUCCUAUCAUUGCUGUUCAUUGUUUCUUGAUCGAGAAUCGGACGGCGUCGUUUAAAAUCAGCUUAUGUCCUUCGGCCGACUGUCCAUUGAGUCCUUCGAAGAGAACUGCGUACUAUUGAAUUUGAAGAUUUUGGUCUCUAUUAUACGCACUUCAGAUAAUUUUUUAAACUGCCCUGAGAUUGGUUUCUUUGAUUUUUCACUCUACCCAGUUAAGGGAUGAAUGAUCAGGAACAACUGCCCGUCGUAAUUGGAGGAAUGGUGCUGGACAUUGAUGCCAUUCCCUCUGUGCCUUCCAAUCCCAGGACUACUACCCCUGGAAAGGUUAAUUAUGCACUGGGCGGUGUAGCUAGGAAUGUUGCAGAGUGCAUGUCCAAGCUUGGAGCAAAACCUUACAUGAUCAGUGCUGUGGGACUGGAUAUGGCAGGGAACAUGCUGUUGGAUCAGUGGAAAUCAGCGCAAUUAUGCACAGAAGAUGAUGCCGGAUCAGUCUAUUCUGGUGUUUCUUCGGGACAUCAAUGCUAUAAUUUACUAGAGUUAAUCAUGUUGUAACAAAAUGGCUGAAGUUGCACAAUGUGUUCCACAAGAUGUGUAAUGGUAACUUCUUUAGAGCGGAGAUUUGUAGGAACAAAACAACAUUAGCUAUUAUUUUAUCUAUCCCAAAAUGAUUAUUUUGCUCCUUAUACUAAUUAAAAUUUUAUUUUGAGAUGGAUGG